GGCCGGACCCCCACCAUGCCGCAGUUGGAACCGGCGGGGGGGGACGACUUGGGGGCCCCCGACGAGCUCAUCGCCUUCCAGGACGAGGGAGAGGAGCAGGACAAGGGCGCGGGGCGCGGUUCGGCCCACGGGGACCUGGACGAGCUCAAAUCCUCCUUGGUCAGCGAGACCGAGAACCGCGGCACCGGCACCGGCUCCGGCUCCGGCUCCGAUACCGAGGCGGAGCGGCCCCCGCAGCCCCGGGAAAGUUUCCAGAAGCCGCGGGACUAUUUGGCAGAAGUGGUCAGACGACAGCAAGAUGGGGGUUUUUUUAAGGGCCCCCCCUACCCCGGCUACCCCUUCCUGAUGCUCCCCGAGCUGGGCAGCCCCUACCUCGCCAACGGAGCCCUCUCCCCCGGCGGCGCCCGCACCUACCUGCAGAUGAAGUGGCCGCUGCUGGACGUGCCCGCCGGCGCCACGCUGAAGGACAGCCGCUCGCCCUCACCCGCGCAUUUGUCGAACAAGGUGCCGGUGGUGCAGCACGCCCAUCACAUGCACCCGCUGACGCCGCUCAUCACCUACAGCAACGACCACUUCUCACCGGGCUCGCCGCCCGGCCACCUCUCACCGGAGAUCGACCCAAAGACGGGAAUCCCACGGCCGCCGCACCCGUCCGAGCUGUCGCCCUAUUACCCGCUGUCGCCAGGAGCCGUGGGCCAGAUCCCACACCCGCUGGGCUGGCUUGUGCCGCAGCAAGGACAGCCCGUGUACUCCAUCCCACCCGGCGGCUUUCGGCACCCCUAUCCUGCCCUCGCCAUGAACGCCUCCAUGUCCAGUUUGAUGUCCAGCCGUUUCUCCCCGCACAUGGUCCCACCACCCACCCACGGGCUGCACCCCUCGGGCAUCCCGCACCCGACCAUCGUCUCGCCCAUUGUGAAGCAGGAACCCACCCAGCCCAACGUCAGCCCCGGAGGCAACUCGAAAUCCCCUGUCACUGUGAAGAAGGAGGAGGAGAAGAAACCCCACAUCAAGAAGCCGCUCAACGCCUUCAUGUUGUACAUGAAGGAGAUGAGGGCCAAGGUGGUGGCCGAGUGCACGCUGAAGGAGAGCGCCGCCAUCAACCAGAUCCUGGGCAGACGGUGGCACUCACUGUCGCGGGAGGAGCAAGCGAAGUACUAUGAGCUCGCACGGAAAGAGCGGCAGCUGCACUCGCAGCUCUACCCGACAUGGUCGGCGCGGGACAACUAUGGCAAGAAAAAGAAGAGAAAGCGAGAGAAGCUGGCCCAGCAGCAAAGCCACGACACAGAGAGCUCCCUGGCAUCCAAGAGCAAGAAGCCGUGCGUGCAGUACCUGCCAGCCGAGAAACCAUGCGACAGCCCAGCGUCCUCCCACGGCAGCAUGCUGGAUUCGCCCGCCACGCCGUCAGCCGCCCUGGCAUCCCCGGCUGCACCGGCUGCCACCCACUCGGAACAGGCUCAGCCGCUCUCGCUCACCACCAAGCCGGAGGCCAGGGCUCAGCUCGCCGUGCAUUCGGCCGCCUUCCUCUCGGGCAAAGCCACCUCCUCUUCUUCCUCCUCUUCUUCCUCCUCUUCCUCUUCCUCGAGCCUUGGCAGCCCACCCUCGCUCCUCUCCAGACCCAUCCCCUUCACCUCGGUGCCCUCCACGGCUCUCCUGGCCUCGCCUCCGUCCUUCGCGGCUGCCAUCCCGUCCCCGCAGGCUGCCCUGGCCGUGCUGCAAACGCAGCCCCUUUCCCUGGUCACCAAACCUGCUGACUAAGGGAAAAACUCGUGCCCCCCUCGUCCCAUCCCAUCCGUCCCCUCCCUGCUGUACAUUGCAGAAGCCACAAUCAAGAUUCAAAUGCAGCCAAAACCAUUAUUGGUCAAUAUUUGACCCUUUCUGAACUCUUUUGUAAGCAGACUCUGGAGGAAGGGGCUUUCUGCUCAGAGCGGCUGCCAGCAGUCGACCUAAAGACCGUUUUUAUUAAAAAAAAAUGAAAAAAAGGAAAAAAAAAAAGAAAAUAAACCCUCCACAAGCUGCC